CGUAUUAGUUCUCCUCCCGGAAUACAGAGUAGAACAUUUUCAAGCUGAUCGAUGUUUUCUCCGUUCAUUUUGAAUAAUCUUUCUUAAAGUUUCCAUCAGAAAGCAUCAGUUUUUCGGUCCACAGCUCCGCUCCGCCGUUACAAAUGGAGAAAGGUMGCUCCGUGAAAAAACGCGGCCAUGUGGUGGCCUGGCUCAACAAAGCCGAGUGGGACCAGGUUCUGGAGUACCUCUACUCCCAGGAUGUGGCCCUGCAGAGGUUCGCGGUGGACAGGAUCUCGGCCUGGAAGUCUCGGUACGCCAACAGCACGCCCGUGGCGGUGGACUGCACGGCGGACCUGGUGAGGUGCCAGGUCAUGGACCGGUCCGGGCAGCUGAGCGGGGACGAACUGGUCAUGCUUUACGGGACGGCCCUGGUCCGGUUCGUGAACCUGAUCACCGAGCGGAAGCAGGGGAUGGUAGCCCGGCCUCUGAGGCACCUGGCCGGGAAACUGAACAUCCCGGAGUGGGUGGUGAACCUGAGGCACGAGAUCACCCACAAGAAGCUGCCCACUCUGAAAUGGUGCCGGAAGGGGUGCAAGGUGGUUCUGGAGUGGCUCCAUCAGACGUACUGGUCCAGGCAGCUGGGAAGUGGUCCUGAUGAGGACUGGGACUCUGACGGGGAGGAUGAGGACCAGAAGCUCCUCGCCAGACAACAAGAGAUGGAGAACUACAAAACAGCACGAGAACUCCUGAUUGCUUACGAGAAGGACCGGUUCCAGAGUCUGGAGAAGGACCGGUUCCAGAGUCUGGACGGGCUCCAGGAGGACAAAGACAGGAACCCGUCCCCCCUCGCAGACCUGAGCUGGCUGCUGGGGGAGAUCAAACAGUUUGCCCUGGAGUCCACGGAGAUGUUGGUGGACGUUCUGGUGGAGGACGGGUUUCUGGUUCCGACGGCRGAGCAGCUGGAGACGUUGGACCUCGAUCCCUCCGAGAACUCCAGCCCCACCGAACCCAGAGUCCCCCAGGUCUUCCUGCGGUUCUGGCUGCCCCUCCUGAAGAUGCUGAACUCCCCGUCCUUCAUCCACCUCCUCCUGGAGAAGCUGUUCCAGGAGCUGAAGCUACUCAGCCCGAAGGACCACCACAGAACUUUCUAUCUGUCCUCCUGGGUCUCGGAGCUGCUCGUCUGCAACAGCAACCGCUUCGAGUACCGCUUCGAGACCAAGGGGCAGAAGAAGGCCCGGGCCAGGGACCGGGUCUUCGUCAACCGGAUGCAGCUGCAGUGGCAGCAGCUGCUGUCGGCCUGCCUGGACGCCCCCUGCGUCAGCACGCCUCACCUGCUCCAGCUCAUCCUGGACGACAUGGAGCACCCCCUCCCUCCGGAGACCCAGCAGAACCUGCUGCRGCUCUGCUCCAUUUACACCCAGCCCGCUCGCUCGGACCCCGGCUCGGCCCGGGGCCACCAGCAGGUCUACACGCUGGAGAGUCUGCAGGAGAAGCACGGCCAGCUGUGGCGGAGCGCGGGGGGCUCAGACAGAACCAGCCCUCCCCAGGAGCUGAAGCGGGCCGAGGAUCUGGCUGAGAAGGCGAAGCUUCUCCGAGGUUCCCCCUGGCAGGUGUGUCCYGACAAAGUCCAGUGGAAGGACUUUCCUCUGGGGAAAGUUCCGGGACAGUCUGACGACCCAUCCUGCCUCAUGGUGGAGACCUUCUCACCCAUGACCAUCUUGGACCAGCCGGUGGACCUGGACAGCAGCGGGACCCAGAAUGUUCCGGGAACCUCCGGACCCACCAGAACCGCCGAAGGCCUCGUCUGGAGCCAAAGCGACAUCAGCAGACUGAAGUCUGGACUGAAACUUUUCUGAGAAUCUCUGAUUUCCUCAAAAUGUCUGUUUCUGAGAGGACAGAAUAAAACUCAUGAAUUUAUUUUCAACUCAUUAAAAAAAUGUUUGCUUACUGAAAAAAUACACGCUGAUUCAGUUUGAACAGGAUUUUCAGCUUCAGGAAGCUGGAAUCAGAUGUUAUUUUGUUAAAAAGUCUCUAAAAAAACAUUUAAAAUGCUUGUUUUAAUAUUUCAGCUCCUGAAGUGACAUGUUAUUUCUAAUUUUCACUUUACAGUUUUGUAAAAAUCUGAAGUUAAAGUUCGGACCUGGAGACAUUUGAAUCUUUUUUCCAUGAUGAUGAUUUCAGAAACAGUUUUGUUUUUGUUCUCAGCUGAAAAUCACUGAAGAAUAAUGAACAGGUUUUGUGUUUUAUGUUCUUGUCUCUUUUCAUAAAUAUUUGAAAUAAAAAGUUUUUCUUUUA